AUCCGCUCUCAGAAUGCCUUUUCUUUCCCAUAGUCCCGGUGACUCCAGAAUCUAGCACACAGCUUGCCGUUCUUUUCAAAAUUCACACUCUUUGACUUCAAGGCCAGGUUGCCAUCUUCAAUUCUUGAACUUCAAAUCAGAUCUUCUACUUCACAUAAUCCGUUCAUUCCGUCCACUUCACAAUGAAGCCUCAGACUGCUGCUUUCCUUCUCAGCCUUCUCGGUUCGACCCUGGCUGCCCCAAUUCAGCACGCCGACAAAGGGUCCGGUGUAAAGCCCACUCCUACUGGACAGGGCGCUCCUGGCGGAUUCCUCACUGGCUUCCCCUCCGGUAUCCCCUCUGGCAUGCCAUCCGGUUUCCCUGGUGGUCCCAUGGUCUCUGGAGGAUUCGGUGGCGAAGGCCAGAACGGUCCCAGGCCAUCCGGCCCGGUUCCCACUGGCGCUGCUCCCUCUGGCUUCCCUUCAUUCGGCACCGGUCCCGCUCCCUCUGGCGCUCCACAGGGUCAGGGCGACAGCAACUCCUUCGGCGGCCAAGGUGUUCAAGCCCGCUCUCCUCAGGACUUUGAGGGCUCAGGCGCCGCUCCUUCUGGUGCUAUUCCCUCUGGUGCCAUGCCCACCGGCGCUGCUCCCUCGGGCGCUCCCGGUGGCUUUGGUGGUUUCGGCCAGGGUGGCCAGGGCGGCCCAGGCGAGGAAGGCUCUGGUCCUUCUCCUACCGGCGCUGUUCCUUCUGGCGCCAUUCCCUCUGGAGCCGCUCCCUCCGGCGCUGCCGGAGGCUUUGGCGGUUUCGGACAGGGAUCUCAGUACUUUGGGAACGCUCAGUUCCAGUCCUCUGGCACCUCGCCUUUUGGUGCUUCCCAUUCCGGAUCGGCCAGCGGUCGUCAUGGUGGCCACCGUGGUCAACACGGCAAGGGCUCUGGCGCGUCUGCUUCCGGUGCAUUUCCUUCCGGUGCUGCUCCUUCUGGUGCCGCUCCCUCUGGCGCUGCGGGAGGUUUCGGUGGCUUCGGACAGGGCGGCGAGGGCUCUGGCCCGUCUCCUACUGGCGCUGUUCCUUCGGGUGCUGUCCCCUCCGGCGCUGCCGGAUUCGGCGGUCAGGGUCAGGGCCAGGGCCCAUCCCCCACCGGUGCCGCCCCAUCUGGCGUGCCCCUGCCCAGCCUACUGCUUGAAGCGUCGACAAUCUUCUGAGGAGAUGACGGGCUGCUACAUUGGAGUCUUUGGUCAAGCAGCAGACUUUUGAUCACAGGGUGUAUGUAAUAUGCUCUGGGAAGACUGGUACAUGUUUGAGAGAUCGUGAAAAUGUGGAACAGAUUUGAUGUAUUAUACAAGAAUUCAGAAACUUAUCUUCCAUCAUAAUCUGCUUUUAACUCAAGGUGGUUCAUCGCCCAGACGGAGUCACUGGGAUAGAGAUACACAAUCCGGAUUGGCCAAGCUUUGUGCUUGCACUUCUUGCAGCUGCCACCAUUGCCAAUACCCUCACGAUCGAAGAAGGAUACCUA